CAUGAUAGAUCAUAAUUUAACUUCUGAUAGAGUAGCAUCUGAAGGAUUUAAAGGCAAAAAUUAUAGGUUGAAUUUAUUUCUAAAUGGAUCUAAAGUAUACCUGGAUUUUAAUGAUAAUAUCACAAACAUGAAAGAUUUUUAUAAUGUUAUGAUGGAAGGUGAGAUUUAUAAUUGGAAGUUAAAAUAA